AUGACCUUGGCGAACCGGUCCGAAAUGCUCCAGAGUCUUACGGAGAAAGGACAGCCCACUCUCGAUGAUCUCCUUGACACUCGGUUCAUUCCGUUCAUCGAGAAUUAUAUGUAUUCAUACCCGACGGAGGAAAACGGAGUGAUUAUUAUCAAGAACAUCCCAUACGAGACCACGCGCGGCGAGAUCAUCGCACUUCUAGGCAAGACCUCGAAAAUCCUUAACGACCGUCAAGAGCCAGUUCACAUCAUCAUGGACCGUGUCACUGGCAAGACUCAGGAUGCGUUCUGCGAGCUGUCUAGCCUUAACGCGGCGAUCGAAAUCGUCGAGAGAUUUGCGAAGGGUGCGGAGAACGGUCGUCUUCCACGUCUCGGUAGUCGGGUCGUCGAGAUUGACUUAUCGUCGCAGACCACUCUUAUGAAGACUGUCUUUCCCAGCUCUAAGAACGGAGUACAAUGGAAGGGCACCCGUCCGCAACUUGUAACAAGCUCCGCAUACGCUUGGGAGAAUUUCAGUGGCUUCUUCACCGAGGAGGAGAUGGUCAUGCUUAGAAAGCAUGUCGACAAUCCCCAGCGCACGGUGUACGCCCGAAUCUGUCCUGAGCGACCAUACGAAUGCAUGAUCAGCACUCUCCGCAAGAUCCCCUGGUAUAUGGCCGAGCACAUCACGAUCAAGCAGCGCCACUCCGUUUACGAAUGUUGCAUAAAGAUGAUAGGGGUCCUCGUUGGCAAGGUCAACUCCAAUGAUAACGGGCGCCGCGAUCGCUCCCGGAACGAUGAAGGGGAAAAGAUAGAGGUCGACCGCCUUAACCCCCAGCUUCUCGACCGCUUAGUCACUUCAGCUAUGCUGUGCCCUGGAUUCUCUGUCGUCCAAAAGCAUAACAUCGCCACGAUGGCUAACCUGCCGGCUCAGAAGAGACGUGAAUUCAACCAGCCACGGUUCCCAGACUCAUGGCGCCAUCAAUGGACCCUUAUUCCCAAGGUGAACAUGCCGAUUGAUGUUCUUGAGUGGUAUAUCGCAGUCAUCAGGGCUGAGACCGAAAGAGUCGCCAAAAGCCUGGGAAUUCAUCAGAAAAAGCUGCUCGAGGAAAUCAUGGAGGACAGGUGCCUCGAUGGCUAUUGGGGUUUCUUCUGGGCCGAGGUCAACUUCCCCGUUGGCCUGACUUGGGACAACAUGUCGCUCGCUGACUGUAGCCGAUUGGAGUGGCAGGCCAUUCAGAGUAUUCUUACUCGUGCUAUUCAAGGUGGCAAUGUUCCUCCCUCAUACACAUCUGGUUCCUAUCAUACCAGCCCGGCAUGCAAGAAAGAAUUCGCUCGACUUCCUUAUUAG